UCGAUGAUUGUUGAUGAUUGUUGGUUGGCAAGUCUGUAAAUAAAUAAAAUAAAUAAUUUCUUUUCCACGCGGCCAAGUAAACGCGUGAGCUGUCAAAAUGCCAAAAAUUAUGAAAGCUGGUAAGGUGGUGCUGGUCCUCAGUGGCCGGUACGCCGGAAGAAAAGCAAUUGUCGUUAAAAAUUACGAUGAAGGUACCACCGAGAGACAAUACAGCCAUGCUGUUAUUGCUGGUAUUGACAGAUAUCCACGUAAAGUUCAUAAACGUAUGGGCAAAGCAAAGAUCCACAAGAGAUCAAAGAUCAAGCCUUUCCUCAAAGUACUCAAUCAUGUUCAUUUAAUGCCAACCAGAUACACAGUUGAUUUGACAAAUGAUAAAGUUACUCCAAAAGAUUUAAAAGAUCCAAUGAAGAGAAAAAAGGUCAGAUUCCAAACUCGUGUUAAAUUUGAAGAACGUUACAAGAUGGGAAAGAACAAAUGGUUCUUCCAAAAACUCCGUUUCUAAAUGAAUCUGAAACAGUUAUUUAAUCAUUUUUACAAUCAUAUUGACAACAACAACAACAAUUGCUUGUAAAUAUGUCAUUUA